AUGCCUAUUAAAGAGUUAAUAUUCCACGUAAUUGUCUGUCGCCCUUCACGACUAAAUUCUUUAUUUGGGCAAAGAAAUGCUAGAAUCAUUUUUCUUUUUUUUUCUUUAUUUGAUGCAACCCCGCCAUGCAUCGACGAGGCCACUUGCAAGGAAGAAACAUCAGCGGCGACCAGUGGUGACGUCACGCAGCGAGAAGAAACAGCUGCUAGAAAGAUAGCGGAUGUACGUAUCUAUCUAUCUAUCUAUCUAUCUAUCUAUCUAUCUAUAUCUAUAUAUAUAUAUAAUUCAGUGUCUUCAUUCUACCUGAAUUCUAUCCUCUUGGGAAUUUAUAUAUAUAUAUUGACCACUAAUAUUAUCUAUCUAUCUAUCUAUCUAUCUAUCUAUCUAUCUAUCUAUCUAUCUAUCUUCUGUUUGAUUUUUCACUCAAUGUAUUCUUCAGCUUCUUUCGAAUCUAUAAAUAUAUGUGAUGUCCAGACAUCUUUUCUAGGAAAUCUCGCUAAUUCCUCAUCUGAUCCGGCGUCACGGUUUCAUGCUCGUACAGGGAACAUCCUGUCUCGUGCAAUUCGUUUAAAAGUCGAGGGAAGCAACGGAUAA